CAAGGCAUGCAGGCAGCCCCCAGUAUAGAGGUGCCAGGUACACCCACACACAUUAUACACCUCAGUCACUCUCUCGUGCCACGCAGUGUGUAUGAGUGCCUGCUGACCCCACCAUACCGAGUGCCUCUACUACACACAAACAUCUUCACAAUACUGUCGUGUGAGAGUGAGGUGGAGGGAAGAUGGUGGGCGGAGUGAGAGUUGUGGUGGUUGUGGUGGUGAUGGUAGUGAGUGUGGCAGGGGGUGGCAGGGCAGCCGCAGAGACACCCUCCAUCACCCGCACUGCCAGUGUCCCUCUCACCACCGCGGACGACCAUCAGAAUUCUAUUGAGCGAACACUACAAGCCAUCUUGACCACAAUGCAAGAGAACCGCAACCAGCUUCAGUCUUCGAUGCGUGACGUUAUAAGAGCAGCGAGAAGGAUCCAACGGGAGGUUGCCGAGUUGCGAGAGGAUACUGACCUGAUCCUGGGCCAAAUGUACAAGACUUCGUGUCAGGAGGUCGCUCAGGACAUACACGAGAAUAACAAGGGCAGGGCUAACGAGGCUAUUGAAGGUGUCUACACUAUUAAGCCGCCUAAAUAUAAACCAACACAGGUCCGGUGUGAGUUGGGUCGUGGUCCAGUCGGGUGGACAGUUAUCCUCUUCAGGGGCAGCGGCCGGGAAAGAUUCAACCGCACCUACCGAGAGUAUCAAGAAGGUUUUGGUGACCCAUCAGAUGAAUAUUGGAUUGGUAAUGAACUCCUGCACCGUCUGACCAGCUGGCGACCCCACCAACUGAGGGUCGUGAUGGAGGACUUCACUGGUGAGAAGACUUGGGUACAGUACAACGUCUUCAGCGUGGCGGACUCCGAGGACAACUACCGCCUCACUGUCGGAGAGUUUGACGCCGACAGUGCUGCGGGUGAUGGCCUCAAGAUCCACAACGGUAUGAAGUUCUCUACCUACGACAAGGACGAUGAUACUAAUGAAGAUGGUAACUGCGCCCAGCUGUUCGGUGGUGGAGGUGGGUGGUGGUACGCCAAAUGUUACAACGUGCUGCCCACCGGCCGCUACCGCCUUGUGGGAGGUAACGCUUACGGUGGUAUAGCCUGGUACCCCUGGAGGAAUGUGAAGCACUCCCUGAAGACCAUGAGUCUUCUCAUUAGGCCUCACUAAAGUCUCCAAACAAAGUUCUCUUCCCUAUGACGACGCCGCCUCUGAUAACUAGCUGUUUCCUACAAUCAAACACUGAAUUACUUCCCACCAACUAUGCCUGUUCUGAAUGAAUUUACGUGAAAAAAAAUAAUUUAAAUAAUAUGGAGCUUAGAAAUGAACUCAAGGAAAACACUGGUAUGCAAUGUAAAAAAAAAAUCCGUUGUGAAUAAAAAAAAUACAAAUGAACAAUAAUGAACUGCUGACAUGGCUGAUCUAGAAGUAUAGUUAAUACUUAAAUUUAUUACAACUCUUUAUGUUGUUCAUAAAGCUAACCUAACUCAUCACAACUCCAAGUCUAUUAAAUAAUGUCAAUAAUUUGUAAGUUUUAUAUUAUGGAAUGAAUAGACAAUAUAUGUUAAAUUUC